AUGGCAAAGAAUAGUAAUAGCUAUAUUGCUGAUGAUAUCUAUAGGUGGGGUUGGAGGAACAAUAGAUAUUAUAUUCAACAUGAUUAUCCAUAUGAUGGCUUCGAUAUAAAGACAUAUUUAGGUAACGCUAUUUCUAGUUGUUCAUAAUUAGAAAAUACUGGCUUUUCAACAGAGGAAGUAGUUAAAUAGUUAAGUUUAAUAUAUAUAAUAUAAUCUUGCAAAACUUAUAAUUUUGGAACUGGAGAUAAUUGUUUAUCUCUUGAUUCCUUAGUAGUUGAGAAUUGGAGCAGUUUAUAUACAAAUUAGAUAGUGAGUUUAGUACUUUUAGGCGUAUAUUAUCUGGCUAAUAUAGUCUUUACUGUUUUAAUAGAAAAAAAGUUAAAAGAAAUUACAAUUAUAGCUUUAGCAGGUUGUAUACUUGCAAUUGUUUCAUCAAAACAUAUAUCAGAUUUACAGAUUUAAACAGGCAUACAAACUGCUAUUAUAAUCUUAAGUUCUCUGAUAAUUUUAGUAGCUUUAAUCAAUUCUUUAAUAUGGUUUUAUACCAGAAAUUAAAGAUGGUAAAGAAUAGCUAUAAUUAUAUUGCUGAUGAUAUCUAUAUGUGGUAUUGGAGGAAUAAUAGUAGGAAAUAUUAUUAUUACUAAUAUGCAACAGUUUUGUGGAUAUUAUAUUCAGCAUAAUUAUCCAUAUGAUGAUUAUGAUAUAAAGACAAGUUUAGAUGAUGCUAUUUCUAGUUGCUCAAAAUUAGAAAUUAAUGGCUAUUCAACUGAUGAAGUAGUUAAGUAAUUAAGUAUAAUAUUUAUAAUAAAAUCUUUUAAAACUUAUGAUUUUGGAACUGGAGCUAAUUGCCUAUCCCUUGAUUCUUUAGUAGUUGAGAAUUGGAGCAGUUUAUAUACAAACUAAAUAGUAAGUUUAGCACUUUUAGGCGUGUAUUAUUUGGCUAACAUUAUCUUUACAGCAUUAAUUCACAAAAAAUUAAAAGAAAUUACAAAUUAAAAUGGGUUUUUACAAAAUAAUUAUUGA